UGGGUGGAGUGUAGGCCAGGGGGUUGGCGGUGCCGUGUCAUGGAGGCUCAGUCUCUCAGCAGCCAUUGAAGGGGAAGGAACCGCGGGUGUGUGCGCGUGUGUGUAUGUGUAUGUGUGUGUGCGUGUUUGUGUGCGCGCGUGCGUGCGUGUGUGUGCGCGCGCUAGUGUGUGGACAAGGAGGUGGGGGCAGCUGAGUUAGAGUCCCAACUCCUUGGACUCCAUUUGCUAUUCUUUUCUUUCUCCCCCACACCUAUCUGCCGGGAGUGGGCGUUUGUAUUUGCGUUUCUUUUCAUUCAUUUCCAAAUCUCUUAAAAUUUGAGGGUUGGGGGUAGUGGGAAAGGCAGGAAAGGGAAAGGGAGGAGAGUAGGAGCAGAAGAGCAGGAGGAGGACAUGGAGAUGAAGAAGAGGAUUAACCUGGAGUUAAGGAACAGAGCCCCGGAGGAGGUGACAGAGUUAGUCCUUGAUAAUUGCCUGUGUGUCAAUGGGGAAAUUGAAGGCCUGAAUGAUACUUUUAAAGAACUAGAGUUUCUGAGUAUGGCUAAGGUGGAACUAAGUUCACUGGCCCGGCUUCCCAGCUUAAAUAAACUUCGAAAAUUGGAGCUUAGUGACAAUAUAAUUUCUGGAGGCUUGGAAGUCCUGGCAGAGAAAUGUCCAAAUCUUACCUACCUCAAUCUGAGUGGAAACAAAAUCAAAGAUCUCAGAACAGUAGAAGCUCUGCAAAAUCUUAAAAAUUUGAAAAGUCUGGACCUGUUUAACUGUGAGAUCACAAACCUGGAAGAUUAUCGAGAAAGUAUUUUUGAACUGCUGCAGCAAAUCACUUACUUAGAUGGCUUUGAUCAGGAGGAUAAUGAAGCGCCAGACUCUGAAGAGGAGGAUGAUGAGGAUGGGGAUGAAGAUGAUGAAGAUGAAGAUGAAGAUGAAGCCGGUCCACCUGAAGGAUACGAAGAAGAGGAGGAGGAGGAAGAGGAGGAGGAGGAUGAAGACGAGGCAGGCUCAGAACUGGGAGAGGCAGAAGAGGAAGUGGGCCUUUCCUACUUGAUGAAAGAAGAAAUCCAGGAUGAAGAAGAUGAUGAUGACUAUGUUGAAGAAGGAGAAGAAGAGGAAGAAGAAGAAGAAGAAGGUCUUCGAGGAGAGAAGAGGAAACGAGAUGCUGAAGAUGAUGGAGAAGAGGAAGAUGACUAGAUCAUUCUAAGACCAGAUUCCCUGCUGUUCCUGGGUGUGCAAUAGAGUGAUCACAUCUUUGUUUCUUCAUGUACGAUAGCUAUCCCUACAGAAGAUAAUGUGUAACUUUUUAUAGGAAAAGUGUGGUUUUACUAUUUUUGCCUUAUCAUUCCAAAUAAGAAUUACUAGUCUGUUAAUGAUCAUAUUGUAUGUAGAGAAAAUUUUCAUUGACACCCCCCAUUGUGAAAUUCCUUAGCAAUUUAUUUAGACUCUUAAUUUUUCUAAUUCAAGCUCAAUGUAUUUGUCAUUUUUAGCCCAUAAUUAAAACACGAUCACUUUUA